UGUCUGCUGCAGCAGUAAAGUAGCACCAAAUACCUGCAUUUAGUCCACAGAAAACUUCCUCGCCCGCACACUUUCAGCCUGUCUCUUUAGAGACCUGUAUUUGUACCUGGAUCGGAGUGAUACUCUCAAGACAGCAGAUAUGCCGGUGAUAGUGUUUUAUACAAGUGUGAGCGGUUCUCUGGAGUUGAAAAAAAAUCAAGAAAGGGUCAUGUCUGUCCUGACUUCCCUGAAGAUCCCCUUUGAAGCUGUGGACAUUUCUCAGAACUCGGACGACAAGGACUUAAUGAGGAAGAGGGCAGGCGACAAGACUGCACUGCCUCCACAAAUAUGCAAUGGAGACGUCUACUGUGGAGACUUUGCUGCAUUUGAAAAUGCAAUUGAAAUGGAGCAAUUAGAGAAGUUCCUGAGAGUCUAACAAGAACACUUACCAGUGGUGCUGGAUUCGCAUCACAAACAAAGCUGGAAAAGAAAAUAUAUAUUCAUCUUUUCUUGUUAUGAGAAAUGCUUUUUUCAUAUUUGUUAAAAUACAUUUUUAAGAAAAAAAAUCACCCAAGUGUAAAUAUUUUUAUUUCCUGAACUUAUGUGGGUUUGUGAUGGAGCACAUAUACACACAGGGACAUGCAGAGACCUUUGGAGGGGCAGGUGCUGAAAUUUAAAAAGGGACACAUGGAACAUGACUUUAACACUUUCCGACUUCGUUACAUUUGUUACGUUGUUACAUUACAAUACUAAAACUAAUGGAAAAAUACAAAACUAUAAUAACUCUGGAUACCCACUAAUCAAAACUAAAGUAAUGAGAGAAAAACAUUACAGAUCUGAAUCAACAUAAAUAACUGAUACAUGUGCUGCCUGCUGUGCUCUUUGCUACCCAGCUGGUGAUGGAUCCACUGCCUCCCUCUCUCUCCACAUCCUCUUCUUACGAGGCAUGUCUGCACAAUAUCCUGAUGAAUAAAAUUUAAAUCUGAUGCACAUAAAACAUGCGCCCACGCACGCACAGACACACAGACACGCAGCCAAGUGGGGGAUUGCAACUUAAUUCAAAUCACUUUAAAUUAAAAUCACAUGAUCUCUAAAACGGUGGGUAAAAAGACCUAGAGAGACGAGCAGCUGCAUUUCCAGCCCUCUCUCGGUCAACUAGCGACUUAUGGAUACUAAUUACUAACAGCAAUAUACAUGUCGCGCAGAGACAAAGAAUUGUUGUUGUUGUUGUUGUUGUAGUAAGGCACUUGACUAAUUGAAAUUCGUCCGGUUGGUCAUACCGGUAAGUGAAAAUAUAUCCUCAGUUGAAGUUAGGCUUUGCCAACUCCCUGAAAAAUAAAUAAGGGGCUCUGACGACUACGGUGUGAUGUCGAUGAAAAGUAGGAAGUAAGUGGAUGACAAGAAGCAACCAGCUUCACUUCCAUCUCUUUCAAUUAAUAUGAAAUAUAAUUCACUUAAUAUGGAAGACAUGUCCAUGUAGAAAGUGAUCAUAAGCUGCUGGAGGUGAUAUUCAAAAAAAUCACUCCUCAGUGCCCCAGCCAGACUACAAAGAAUGCUCAUGAGUGCCAAGGCGUUAUCUGGAAUAAAAAACAGAAAAAAAAAAAAAAGAAUGGAACUAAUAUGAUGUAAAUGUUAUCGAUGGAGCUGUUAUGAGGGGUUGAGGGGAGGGGUUAUGUUUCUAUGUUUAUUGGAGUGUGACUGUCGCCUGUGCCUCUCGUGUCCAAGACAAAUUUCUCCUAAGGGAGACAAUAAAGAUUCAUCUUAUCUUAUCUUAUCUUAAUUGUGAUAUUUUCAAAUUCAGUCACAAGAUUUAGGCAUUAAUAUAUAUUGUUGCAAUUGAAAGUUAUAGUGUUAUGCAUAAGUCAAUUGUUUUUCCAAUUGCUUCAAAGAAAUAUGCAGACUUAAUAAGGAAUCUGAUCUGUGAUAUUGGAUGGCAAUUUUGGAUGGUAAAUUUAGUCUCAUCAGGACCGUAUUAUGUUAUUUACAAUGCCUUUAGUGUAAACUUGGUUAAAUCCUGUAAUGCUGUUUUCAUAACUGUCAUGUCCAUAUAAUGCAUAGAAACUAUUAUUAGGAAAACAAACCAACUUGAGAAAGGGAGAUGUAAUAUAUUUAAAAACUGCAUUACUCU